GGCCACGGGGGGUGCGGACGCUACCAGCCGCGGAUCCGCCGCUCGGGCCUGGAGCUGUACGCCGAGUGGAAGCACGUGAACGAGGACUCGCAAGAGAAGAAAAUCCUGCUCAGCCCCGAACGGGUCCACGAGAUCUUCAAGCGGAUCUCGGACGAGGAAUGCUUCAUCUUGGGCAUGGACCCCAAAUACGCCCGGCCGGAGUGGAUGAUCUGCACCGUGCUCCCCGUCCCUCCCCUCUCCGUCAGGCCGGCCGUCGUCAUGCAAGGCUCGGCCAGGAAUCAGGAUGACUUGACUCACAAGCUGGCCGACAUUGUGAAAAUCAACAACCAGUUGCGGCGCAACGAGCAGAACGGGGCGGCCGCUCACGUCAUCGCGGAAGACGUCAAGCUGCUCCAGUUCCACGUGGCCACCAUGGUGGACAAUGAACUGCCCGGGCUGCCCCGCGCGAUGCAGAAAUCCGGCCGGCCCCUCAAGUCCUUGAAGCAGCGCCUGAAAGGGAAAGAAGGCCGUGUGCGAGGGAACCUGAUGGGCAAGCGGGUGGAUUUCUCCGCCCGGACGGUCAUCACGCCCGAUCCCAACCUCUCCAUCGACCAGGUGGGCGUGCCACGCUCCAUCGCCGCCAACAUGACCUUCGCCGAAAUCGUGGCACCUUUCAACAUCGACAGGCUGCAGGAGCUGGUGAGCCGAGGGAACAGCCAGUAUCCCGGUGCCAAGUACAUCAUCCGGCACAACGGAGACAGGAUUGACCUCCGCUUCCACCCGAAGUCCAGCGACCUUCACCUGCAAAUUGGGUACAAGGUGGAGAGACACAUGUGUGACGGAGACAUCGUCAUUUUCAACCGGCAACCCACGCUACACAAAAUGUCCAUGAUGGGCCACCGAGUCCGUAUCCUACCCUGGUCCACCUUCCGGCUCAAUCUCAGUGUGACCACCCCGUACAACGCCGACUUCGACGGCGACGAAAUGAACCUCCACCUUCCCCAGUCGUUGGAGACCCGGGCGGAGAUCCAAGAACUGGCCAUGGUGCCCCGUAUGAUCGUCACGCCCCAGUCCAACAGGCCCGUCAUGGGCAUCGUGCAGGACACCCUGACGGCCGUCCGCAAGUUCACCAAGAGGGACGUCUUCCUGGAGAGGGGGGAAGUGAUGAACCUGCUGAUGUUCCUCUCCACCUGGGAUGGCAAAGUGCCCCAGCCGGCCAUCCUGAAGCCUCGCCCGCUCUGGACCGGGAAGCAAAUCUUCUCCCUCAUCAUCCCGGGACACAUCAACUGUGUCCGGACCCACAGCACCCAUCCGGACGACGAAGACAGCGGCCCCUACAAGCACAUCUCUCCGGGAGACACCAAGGUGAUUGUGGAGAACGGAGAGCUGAUCAUGGGCAUCCUGUGCAAGAAGUCGCUGGGCACCUCAGCCGGCUCCCUGGUCCACAUCUCCUACCUGGAGAUGGGCCAUGACGUCACCCGCUUGUUCUACAGCAACAUCCAGACCGUCAUCAACAACUGGCUGCUGAUUGAAGGACACACCAUUGGUAUUGGGGACUCCAUCGCUGAUGCCAAGACCUACCAGGACAUCCAGAACACUAUCAAGAAAGCCAAGCAGGAUGUGAUAGAGGUCAUCGAGAAAGCCCACAACAACGAGCUGGAGCCCACCCCUGGCAACACCCUGCGCCAGACCUUUGAGAACCAGGUCAACCGCAUCCUGAACGACGCCCGAGACAAGACUGGCUCCUCCGCCCAGAAGUCCCUCUCGGAGUACAACAACUUCAAGUCCAUGGUGGUCUCGGGGGCCAAAGGCUCCAAGAUCAACAUCUCCCAGGUAGGACCCUCCUCCCACCACUCCGGAUCUCACUUAGUCGGUAGGACAUCGGAGUUCUCAUCUGAGGGUCCAGGGUUCAAGUCCCCGUGCAGGAAAUUGGUUUGGAAAGAAACUCAGAAGACCCCGGCAGAUAAAGAGACCGAAGUCCUGGCCCCUCAGCAGCUCCAGAGGACUCACUUCUUCUCAAAAGCUUUGUUGGAAGGCUUAAGGCUUGAUUUUAACGAACGGCUGCCUCUGGGGAUCCUGGGAGUUGAAGGUCCCACAAGCUGCUCAGUUCGGAGACCCUGCUUUAGAAGAGUUGAAGGAGCCACCCGAUAUAUAUCCCUCUUUUCCAGGUUCAAGUUCGACUACGCCAACGAGCGGGCUCUGCGCCGCACCCUCCAAGAGGAGAUGGUGAAGGACAUCCUCAGCAACGCCCACAUCCAGAACGAGCUGGAGAGGGAGUUUGAGAAGAUGAAGGAGGACCGGGAGGUGUUGAGGGUCAUCUUCCCCACGGGAGACAGCAAGGUGAGCCUCACCCACCUGCCUCAGCUUCCCUCCGGUGGCGUGUACAUCUCCCCCACCAGGAACCAUGGCUCCUCCGUCUCUUCACGCUUCCUUCUUCCUUCCCUCCCAGGCGUGAAGGACCUCAGCAAGAAACUGGUGAUUGUGAACGGGGACGACCCCCUGAGCAAGCAGGCGCAGGAGAACGCCACCCUGCUCUUCAACAUCCACCUGCGCUCCACCCUCUGCAGCCGUCGGAUGAUCGAGGAAUUCCGGCUGAGCGGGGAAGCCUUCGACUGGCUGCUGGGAGAAAUUGAAUCCAAGUUCAACCAGGCCAUUGACAUCCUUUGCCGCUUGGAGCACACCACCCUUCGCAAGGUCACGGCCAACACGGCCAUCUACUACGACCCCAACCCUCAGAACACCGUGGUGGCCGAGGACCAGGAGUGGGUGAACGUCUACUACGAGAUGCCCGACUUCGACGUCACCCGCAUCUCCCCUUGGCUGCUGCGGGUGGAGCUGGACCGCAAACACAUGACGGACCGGAAGCUCACCAUGGAGCAGAUCGCCGAGAAGAUCAACGCCGGCUUUGGAGAUGACCUCAACUGCAUCUUCAACGAUGACAACGCCGAGAAGCUGGUGCUGCGCAUUCGAAUCAUGAACAGCGACGAGAACAAGAUGCAGGAGAGAAAUUGUGGGGGGGGAGCUGGUAUCUCUCUCACCUGCAUCUCUUCCUCCCUCCUCUUUGCAGGGAGCGGAAUGACCCCUGGGGCCGCCAGUUUCUCCCCCAGCGCGGCUUCCGAUGCCAGCGGUUACAGCCCCGGGUAUUCCCCCGCCUGGUCGCCCACUCCCGGCUCCCCCGGCUCUCCGGGACCUUCCAGCCCUUACAUUCCGUCUCCAGGGGGCGCCAUGUCUCCCAGCUACUCCCCAACCUCUCCCGCCUACGAGCCACGCUCGCCCGGGGUGUACACCCCGCAAAGCCCCAGCUACAGCCCCACCUCUCCUUCCUACAGCCCCACCUCUCCUUCGUACUCGCCGACUAGUCCCAAUUACAGCCCCACCAGCCCCAGCUACAGCCCCACCUCCCCGAGUUACUCGCCGACGUCGCCCAGCUACAGCCCAACGUCGCCCAGCUACAGCCCCACCAGCCCCAGCUACAGCCCAACGUCACCUAGUUAUUCUCCAACCAGCCCCAGUUACAGCCCGACGUCGCCCAGCUACAGCCCGACGUCACCCAGCUACAGCCCAACCAGUCCUAGUUACAGCCCGACGUCACCUAGUUAUUCUCCAACCAGCCCCAGCUACAGCCCAACAUCGCCCAGCUACAGCCCGACGUCUCCCAGCUACAGCCCGACCUCUCCUAGCUACAGCCCAACCAGCCCGAAUUACAGCCCGACUUCUCCAAACUACACCCCGACUUCUCCCAGCUACAGCCCGACUUCUCCCAGCUACAGCCCGACCUCUCCUAAUUACACCCCGACGUCUCCAAACUACAGCCCGACGUCUCCCAGUUACUCCCCGACCAGCCCGUCCUACAGUCCCACCUCGCCCAGCUACUCCCCCUCCAGCCCCCGCUACACCCCACAGUCGCCCACCUACACCCCCUCGUCGCCUAGCUACAGCCCCAGCUCGCCCAGCUACAGCCCGACGAGCCCCAAGUACACCCCGACCAGCCCGUCCUACAGCCCCAGCUCUCCGGAAUACACCCCGACCAGCCCCAAGUACAGCCCGACCAGCCCCAAGUACAGCCCGACUUCGCCCACCUACAGCCCGACCACGCCAAAGUACAGCCCGACCAGCCCCACUUACUCGCCGACGUCGCCCGUCUACACCCCGACGUCGCCCAAGUACAGCCCGACCUCGCCCACCUACUCGCCCACCUCCCCCAAGUACAGCCCGACCUCGCCCACCUACUCCCCCACCUCCCCCAAAGGCUCCACCUACUCCCCGACCUCUCCGGGCUACAGCCCCACAUCGCCCACCUACAGCCUUACCAGCCCGGCCAUCAGUCCAGACGACAGCGACGAAGAGAACUGAAGGGACUCCCGUCCGGACGGAGCGGAGUCGCGGCGCAACGGCGGGUUGACGAUUUGUUGAGAAGUCUGGACAUUUUGGGGGGCAGGUGGGGCAGACACGCGAGAGUCCUAGGGGAUGUGGGGAGGGGGCGGCUGACUUGCCCAGUUGCCAAAGGAAAACAAGAUUUUUAUAGGGGGGGCCAUGGGGGGGGGACUGUCUUAAUUCAGCGCCCCUCUCGGCGGUGGUGGUCGCGAUUCUUCCUUCCGACUGUUCUUUUCUGCCUGUUUCUUAGGAAAAAAACAAAAAAAAACAGCCAACCUUGUAAAACUAAUUUCCUAAUAACCCGAAGUUGGGGGGG